AUGACGCAACCAAGGUAAGCUCGUAAGGAGACUGCUUUUUCGAAUUUUCACAACUUCCUUCAGACAUGACUGGUUUCAAAGCGACACGGAUGUCAUUCUGACGAUUCUGAAGCGUGGCGUGCCUCUCGAUGAAUGCCGAGUCGUUAUUUCCGACGACAACAGUCUAAAAGUAACGCAGAGCGAGGAGACGGUUCUGUUCGAAGGAGUCCUCUUCAGCGGGGUGAAGAAAGAGGACGUGAUCGUCAAAUGCACGCCUGCAAAGGUACGAAAUCGAUGAAGGAACGGUGUAGUGGCGAAGAGAGAGGGCCGUGAAAACGAAAGGCCAUGAGACACUGAGUCCCGCGGGAUCGAUUCCUUGAGACAGAAUGAUGAGUCGCUCACAAAGAGUGACAAUAAGCCGAGUGUUAGCGGUUCAUUCCGUGAUGAUCAUUCCCUCAAAAGCGAUACUAUUAUCUGACUGUACUCUUUUUAUACCUCAACCCUAAACAACUACAACCUAAAUCUUCUGACACAUUUCAACUUCAGAUUGCAGGUUGAAGUGCGUUUGCCGAAGUUUGCUCGCGGCGAGCGGUGGCCAACUCUUCUGCAUAACGGACACGGAUCUGCUCCGAUCGUGGCGCCAACACCUGUCCCAGCUGCCAGCACAUCCUCGACAACCGUCAAGAAGAACUGGGAUGCGAUCGAGAAGCAGGUGGUUAAAGAGGACGAGGACGAGAAGCUGGAGGGCGACGCGGCCGUCAACAAAAUGUUCCGCAAGAUAUACGAGGACGCGUCGGACGACGUGCGGCGUGCCAUGAUGAAAAGCUACUCGUGAGUCGACUCUUCCCCUUCAUAACAGUUGAUAAGAAACCGAUCAAUUUGCAGCGAGUCGGGCGGAACGGUUUUGUCAACAAACUGGUCAGAGAUCAGCAAGAAGAAAGUGGAGGUGCAGCCGCCGGCGUGCAUGGAAUACAAGGAGUAUGAGAAAUGA